UGUAUUGUGUUGUCUAAAUGUUUGCCUGGUAAUUUCAGAUUGCCCAGGCCCCGAGUCAGAAUUGGCCGGCAAGUCUGAUUCUUGCGAAGGAUGCCCUAACCAGCAAGUGUGUGCCACUGCUCCUAAAGGCCCUGAUCCAGACUUGGUUAGUAUUGCCGAACGGAUGACUACCGUGAAGCAUAAGAUACUGGUAUUAUCAGGUAAAGGUGGCGUAGGCAAGAGCACAUUCUCUGCUCAGCUGGCAUUUGCACUAGCUGCAAUGGAUUUUCAAGUGGGUCUCCUCGAUAUUGACAUAUGCGGUCCAAGCAUUCCCAAAAUGCUAGGUCUCGAAGGACAGGAAAUACACCAGAGCAACCUCGGAUGGUCCCCUGUCUAUGUGGAGUCAAACCUAGGUGUCAUGUCUAUCGGUUUCUUGUUACCCGAUCCAGACGAAGCCGUCAUAUUGAGAGGCCCCCGAAAGACUGGUAUCAUCAAGCAAUUUGUGAAAGAUGUUUAUUGGGGUGAACUGGAUUUCUUAGUGGUCGACGCUCCACCCGGUACCUCCGACGAAAACAUCUCGAUCGUCCAAUUUUUAGAAUCAACGGGGAUCGACGGUGCUGUGAUCGUCACAACUCCACAGCAAGUGUCUUUGAUCGAUGUGAGGAAAGAAGUUACUUUCUGCAAGAAACUUGAUGUCCCGGUUCUUGGUGUGGUGGAGAAUAUGAGCGGGUUGUGCCAGCCUGUCUCCGAUUUGAAAUUUGUUAAGGUUACGGAAACGGGCGAGCAAAAAGAUGUUACGGAAUGGGCGAUGGAUUAUAUGCGAGAGAAGGCGCCGGAAAUGCUGGCCGUGUUUGGAUACAGCGAAGUGUUUGAUACGAGCCGAGGGGGUGCUUUGAAAAUGUGCGAGGAAAUGGGAGUUCCUUUUCUUGGGAAAGUGCCUUUGGAUCCUCGAUUGUGUAAGGCGGCGGAAGAGGGCCGAUCGUGCUUUGUAGACGAUAAAUGUGGACCGGGAUCAGCUGCGCUUAAGAAGAUUAUUGAGAAAUUGGUGCCGAGGGAGAUGAUUUCUGAAAUGGAGUAA